UCAGCAAGUGAAUUAGCUAAAUGGGCAGAAUCCUUUGAUUAUCUGCUUUCUGAUAAAAUUGGAAUAGAUUUAUUUAAAGAUUUCCUGCAUUCAGAAUUUAGUGAAGAAAAUUUAGAAUUUUGGUUGGCAUGUGAACAGUAUAAAACUAGUAAAUCCAGUAAAUUGGCCAGUACGGCACAGAAAAUAUACUCUGACUUCGUAGCUGCUCAAGCUCCAAAAGAGAUAAAUCUUGAUUCAAAAACAAGAGCAACAACAAUCAGUAAUUUAACAUGUCCUACCAGACAUUGUUUUCAAGAUGCUCAAAAACGUGUUCAAGCUCUGAUGGAAAAAGACUCUUACCCUCGAUUUAUAGAAUCAGACAUUUAUCAGCGUGCUGUGCUUCGUGCUCAGAGCAUGUAA